CAAGAGAAAGACAUGUCAAAAUGGCGGACGGACUGUUGGAGAUGACAAAGCACAAACGGAAAAACCUUGAAACUCCUAACUUAGGGUCUGUUUGCAAAGUGCGACUUGUGCGUUCCAUAAAGGGAGAGUGUCUUGAAGAAAAUGAAAAAACCAUAACCAUUGGAGAAGGUAACUGUGAUUGGUCAGAAAUGAUAGAUAGUUGCUUGGAAUCCAUGCACGCUGGGGAAACAUGCACUGUUGAGGAAAGGCACCCACUGGAGAAAGAUGAAACUUUACACCUUGAGCUCUUAUCUUUCGAGAGGGCAAAGGAUGUUUGGAGACUUUCAGCAUCAGAGCUGCUUCAACUUGCGGAAUAUCACAAAGUAAAGGGCACAGAAUUCUUUAAAACGGGUAAUUGGUUGUGUGCAGCUAGAUGCUAUAGCAGAGCAGCAAAGAUGUUGAUAAUCUCACAAUAUGACCUACAAGAUGAACAGAAAACAAACUAUGAUCAGCUCAGGAAUGCUUGCUAUUUGAAUCUUGCUGCGUGUCAGGGAAAACUCCACCAAAACGAGCAUGUCAUUGCCAACUGCUCCAAGGUUCUGCAGAGUGAAGAUACAAACAUAAAGGCCCUAUAUCGCCGAGCUCAGGCCUAUUUGGAGUUGGACGAGAUUGACAAAUCAAGAGAGGACAUCGAAAAGGCGCUGCAAGUGGAUCCAGGUAACACCGCGGUUCGAGAUUUAAUGUCUACUCUCAAACAAAAGAAGCGGACUCAGGACGCAGUCUUGACGCGAGCAUUAGCUCCAAUGUUCCGUAGCGAUGCACAAAACACACAGUGAUGUCGUCCUGCGCUUCAAGACGAAGUCUCCCCUUUCUCCUGGACGCGGUGAUCUCUUUACAAGACGCGGUGAUGUCUACACAAGACGCGGAAAUGUCUACACAAGACGCGGUAAUGUCUUUACAAGACGCGGUGAUGUCUACACAAGACGUGGUGAUGUCUACACAAGACGCGGUGAUGUCUACACAAGACGCGGUGAUGUCUAUGCAGACGGGGUGAUGUCUAUGCAGACGGGGUGAUGUCUAUACAAGACGCGGUGAUGUCUAUGCAGACGGGGUGAUGUCUACACAAGACGCGGUGAUGUCUACACAAGACGCGGUGAUGUCUACACAAGACGCGGUGAUGUCUACACAAGACGCGGUGAUGUCUACACAAGACGCGGUGAUGUCUAUGCAGACGGGGUGAUGUCUACACAAGACGCGAUGAUGUCUACACAAGACGCGGUGAUGUCUACACAAGACGCGGUGAUGUCUACACAAGACGCGGUGAUGUCUACACAAGACGCGGUGAUGUCUACACAAGACGCGGUGAUGUCUACACAAGACGCGGUGAUGUCUAUGCAGACGGGGUGAUGUCUACACAAGACGCGGUGAUGUCUACACAAGACGCGGUGAUGUCUAUGCAGACGGGGUGAUGUCUAUGCAGACGGGGUGAUGUCUACACAAGACGCGGUGAUGUCUACACAAGACGCGAUGAUGUCUACACAAGACGCGGUGAUGUCUACACAAGACGCGGUGAUGUCUACACAAGACGCGGUGAUGUCUACACAAGACGCGGUGAUGUCUACACAAGACG